AUGACAUCCAACAAAAUGCAUCACGAAAUGAAAGUCAUUGGAAAACCCUCGAAAAAUGAUUCUACAAAAAAGUCGACCUCUCGAGUUAGAGGAAGUUCCUCUGUCUUGUCCAGGCCAGUAGGAAUUCGCUUGUGGGGCUGCAAUCUGAUGAGUCCUUCUAAUGAGGAGAAAGGGAAAGUGAAAGAAGAGAACUCAGAGCAGCGACAUGAAAAGGCAUGCCCAAAGGAAAUCAUUGUCAACAUUGAAAGUACCGAUGGAAUUUCAAGGGAAAAUUCCAAAGGAAAACAAAUUAAGCUACCACAAGAAAAUGUAAAAAAGUAUAAAGGGGUUAGACAGAGAAAAUGGGGUAAGUGGGUGUCAGAAGUUCGAGUCCCAAAAACAAAAAAUCGAAUUUGGUUAGGAACGUUUGAUACACCUGAAGAAGCUGCUUUGACUUACGACAAGGCAGUCAUUGAAAUGAGAGGUGCUGAUGCUGUGACAAAUAUCCUCAAGCCACCACCAAGAGACCUACCAUCAAUUGAAACCAACUUCAUCAACCCACCACCAAAGGAGAUCAAUUUCAUGAAUCUACCAUCUUGA